CUGCUUUGCCAUUUGCUUUCUCAGAUUGCAUUUUAGGGCUCAGCUCACAGUCACAGAACACGCCUAAUCGCUCUUUUCACCGUCGUCACUUGUUCUCCACUUACCGUCCGUCCUUGUCGGCGUCGCCGUCCGUUCCCCACGUGCCGUCGUCCCUCUGGGAAAUUGAUGUGAUGUAUAUGCGGACACUUUCCAGGGUUGAAUGAUGGCUGCUGAGUCUUCUGAUAAACUGAAUGUGUCAGAUGAUUUUGAUGAUGAAGAUGGGCCAGUAAUUUUUAAAAGGACUAGUGCAACGUCUAAGAAAAAUCAACUGCUUUCUGAAGUAAAGAAGUCAACUUCUAGUCUUGAUGGGCAAACACAUAGGAAAUCCAAUGGCCAAAAUUCUGGGCUGCAGAAUUGCAAGAUAAUUCCAUCGGUCAAGACAUCACCCACAAAGGCUUCUGUAGAUAUCUCCAAAGCAUCAACUUCGCGUGUCAGUUCCUCUAAUGUGAAGUCGCCUGUAGCAAAUCCUAAAGUAUCAUCGUCAGGAGAUAAGUCAAAGCCUUUUUCAGGAUCGAAAGUGCUCAGUGAUGUUAAGGAGGAAAAACCUUCUAUCAAACAUGUUCCGAGAGGAAACUAUGAAGAUUCUGAUGAUGAGGAGGAUAACAAACCAUUGAGUGCUAGGCUGAAAACGAACUCCAAUCAUAAUAGCAAAGCUGCUCCUAUUGUGAAGAAACCUAUUGAAGACUCUGAUGAUGAUGAUGAUGAUCUUCCCUUGUCAGCAAGGCUAUCACGGAAUGCAGGAACAUCUGGAAGUGGAUACGAUCACUCUGAUCAGAAAAAACCCCUUUUGAAAGUUCAGAAAAGUCAUCAAGAUGGUUCCAGCACAAGUAUUAAACAGGAAAAGCUUGUUACAGGGUCGGUUAAGAGGCCACUAGAUAAGAUUAGUUCCCUGAAUUCUUCUGUGAAGAAGCCAAAGCUCUCAGAUCCAGUUUCAUCAACUAAAAUUAAGCAAGUACCUGUGAAGCAUGAGUCAAAGGUAGAUGAUGAUGAUGAUAUUCCUAUUUCACAGAGAUUAGCCAAGUCUUCUCCAUCAGGAAAUAAGUCGUCAUCAGUGAAGAAGAUUGAAAAGGCAGUUAAAGUUAACAAGUCUGGUUCAGCAUCAUUUAAGAAACAAGUCAAGAAAAUGAAGAAAUCAGGCAGUAAUUCAGAAUAUUCUAAGUCUACAAAACUUCUUCCUAGUGAAGGAGAUGGGCAGAAAAAGUGGACUACCUUGGUUCACAAUGGUGUUAUUUUUCCACCUCCUUACAAGCCCCAUGGUAUAAAGAUGCUCUACAAAGGGAAGCCAGUCGCAUUAACUCCUGAGCAAGAGGAGGUUGCAACUAUGUUUGCUGUAAUGCGAGAUACAGAUUAUAUGCAGAAAGAAACAUUCAAAAGUAAUUUCUGGAGCGACUGGCGCAAAUUGCUAGGAAAAAACCAUGUAAUUCAGAACUUGGAAGGUUGUGACUUUACCCCAAUAUAUGACUGGUAUCAAGUCGAAAAAGAGAAGAAGAAACAAAUGAGUACAGAAGAAAAGAAGGCCCUUAAGGAGGAGAAAGCAAAACAAGAGGAGAAAUACAUGUGGGCCAUAGUUGACGGUGUUAAGGAGAAGGUUGGAAACUUUAGAGUAGAACCACCGGGGUUGUUCCGAGGUCGUGGAGAGCAUCCAAAGAUGGGCAAACUGAAAAGGCGCAUUCAUCCAAGUGAUAUCACAAUUAAUAUCGGAAAGGAUGCUCCAAUUCCUGAAUGCCCUAUCCCUGGUGAAAAGUGGAAGGAGAUUAGGCAUGACAAUACAGUAACAUGGUUAGCAUUCUGGAGUGAUCCAAUCAACCCAAGGUUGUUCAAAUAUGUUUUCCUGGCUGCUAGUAGCUCUUUGAAGGGGCAGAGUGACAAGGAAAAGUAUGAGAAAGCUAGGAUGCUGAAGAAUUAUAUAGGGAACAUCAGGGCUGCAUACACGAAGAAUUUUACAAGUAAAGAUAUUACAAGGCGGCAAAUAGCUGUUGCUACUUACCUUAUCGAUAAGUUAGCUCUGAGGGCUGGCAAUGAGAAGGAUGAUGAUGAAGCUGAUACUGUUGGUUGCUGCACAUUGAAAGUGGAAAAUGUAACAGCAGAAGCCCCCAACAAGUUGCAGUUUAACUUCCUUGGUAAAGAUUCGAUCAAGUAUGAAAAUACGGUAGAAGUUGAACAGCAAGUUUAUAAUGCAAUUUUAAAGUUCCAAGAAGAAAAAAGCCCUGGUGAUGAUCUCUUUGACAAGCUAGAUACAAGUAAACUAAAUGCUCACCUGAAGGAACUGAUGCCUGGCCUAACGGCUAAAGUCUUCCGUACAUUCAAUGCAUCUAUCACAUUGGAUGACAUGUUGACCAAGGAUACUAAAGAUGGUGAUGUUGCAGAGAAAAUUGGGGUCUAUCAGACUGCAAACAAGGAGGUUGCAAUUAUUUGUAAUCACCAACGUAGUGUGUCAAAAUCUCAUACUGCACAAAUGUCAAGGUUAACUGAGAAGAUUGCUGAACUCCAGGGUGUUCUGAAGCAUUUGAAAACAGAUUUGGACAGGGUAAAGAAAGGCAAACCUCCUCUGAAGAGUGCUGAGAGAAAACGGAACCUAACUCCGGAUGCACUAGACAAAAAGAUUACUCAAACCAAGGCAAAAAUUGAUAAGAUGCAACGUGACAUGAAGACCAAAGAAGAUCUCAAAACUGUGGCAUUAGGCACAUCCAAGAUAAACUACCUAGAUCCCAGGAUUACAGUGGCUUGGUGCAAGCGGCAUGAGGUUCCUAUUGAAAAGAUCUUCAACAAAUCUCUGCUGGCAAAAUUUGCCUGGGCAAUGGAUGUAGACCCUGGCUUCAGAUUCUGAGAUCUCUUCAUGAGCGGAGACUUCAUCUUUUACUCAUUUCUUUUUACACAAAAAAUGUAUAUUUUUUGGUUUGGCCAAGCCCAGCGGAAAUUUAUGUUGUAAUUUCUUCUAAUCUAAUUAUUGGGCGAGUUUGCCCUGCCACUGACUGCUUUUCGCUCUGAGUUUCAACCAUUCAUAGUUAUGAUUAUAAUGCCGCACUUUGGCAAAUGUUAAAAUGAGGUGAAGUUUUUCUAAUUCAUUUUUCAAGAAUAGCUAUUUGUUUCUGUUU